UCUUCCAUUUCUUAAACAGAAAGUAAAUAUUUAAAAUGGGAAGCUUCUUCAUGUUACGUUGCUUCUUGUUGUUCUUGUUCUUGUUUGAAGGAGCGUUUGCAGCUGCAGGGAAGAUAUGGAGCAGAACAGAGAUGGUGGAGAUGGCUGGCUACGGUGAACAGAAACUCUCUUCCGUAGUCAUCACUGGAUCUCUUCUCUGCGACACUUCACAUCCUCACCUUCCCUCUGUAGCUAUUCCAGGUGCAACUGUUGCCAUCAAGUGCCAGACUGGAUACAAAAGGAGAUCCAAAUGGAUUAAAGCUGUUACUGAUGAUUUGGGAGAGUUUGAAAUCGAUCUACCUUCCCAACUCCACGCAAUCCCCGACAUGGAAAACACGUGCGUCGUUAAGCCAGUGCAUGUGCCUAAGCUAUAUAGAUGCAAUCACAGAUCAACCAAUGCACAAAAACGUAUCAAGCUUGUUUCCUCUACCAACGGUUUCCGAGUCUACACCUCAGGGAAGAUCAGGUUACAGGGUAACAGUUCAAGAUCAUAGUAAGCUGCAUGGUGUCAACAUUUUCAAACUAAAGAUUUAAACAUUUAAACAGUAAAAUUUAAUGUUUAGCUGGCGCUUCAGUCACAGAACCGAGUCAGAGUCUCUCUACAUUGAUAUCAUGUUUCUACAUUGUUUUUGAUGUUUCCCACUAUGUAAUUAAGAAGGAUGGUUGCAUCAUAUGUGUAAAAAAGGUUCACAUGAUUUUUAUACAAACAGCAGUGCGGUCACAUUAGUAUA